UCCAAUUCAAAAUCUUUUGUGUGGCCUGACGCUGCAGUACUUUUGCUUGUUGAAUUAUAUAGAGAAAGAGAGCAAGAAUUUAAUACCGGCAUGAAAAGACACAAUAUCAUUUGGGGAGAGAUUGCUGCCCAAAUAAAAGAAACUGACAAAAAGUAUAUAGUUACUGGUCUUCAAUGCUCAACAAAAUUUGCUGGCCUCAAACGGACAUAUAAAAAUAUAUAUGAGCAGAAUAAAAAAAGUGGUAACUCCCACAGUAGUUGGGCUUUUUAUUCAGUAAUGGAUUCAUUACUUGGUGAAAAGGCAUAUAUACAACCUCCAGCUGAAGCGUCCAGCGAAGGUCCAUCACAACCGAUACUAUCUACAUCAGGAUCUUUAUCUCCAGCGAGUUUCUCAGAGGAUUUACGAAGUGCGCCUAAAAAAAGACGAGUUGAGAAUAUUCUAGAAAAUUAUAUUGAUAAUAUAAAGCAAGAAAGGGAGACUACAAAAAAAGAGCGAGAUGAAGAAAGAAAGAAAAAAGAAGAAAUUAGAGAAGCAAAAUAUGAAGAAAAGAAGAGAGAGCGUGAAAAAAUGCAUCAAGAUAACAUGGAGGUACAGAAAUCACUACUUGCCGUCCUGCAGAAUUUUGCAAAUAAAAAAAAUACGCAAACCAACCUGGGCGAGGCUGGAUUAAGAUGCGCGAAAAAUGUGCCUGAUAGAGUCAUAUUUAAAUGCACAGGGUAUUACUUAUUAAUUCUCGCCCACUAAAUAGAUAGCGUUAUUUCUUAUCAAAAAUAAGUUGAAAA